GGUUUCGCUCCUGGAGCUUUUCCUUGUCUUCCGGAGGAGGAGGGGGAAAAAAAAUCCCAGAAAACAAUCUCAGAGAAAAACCCGGGACACCGGAGAGAAACGGCGGCACCGAGCGGAGCCAGAGCCGGCCCGAUACCCGUAAACUGGAGGUUAAGGAUUUUGCCCUGCCUGUGAAUGAUGAUACCAACCCUUGUGGCUACUUUUCUCUCCAAGAGGGACGGCUACCAUUUCUAACACCAGCAACCCAGAGUUCAUUUUUUUUACAUAACCAAUGUGAAUGAGAAGUACCCAUGAGGACGGAGUCAGUUAAUUGGUUUGCCUGGCGAUAAGGGGAUGGACGGCUAUGAGAUCUGAAGACGACAAUGCUUUUCAAUGACCACCUUUGACUAUACUUACGGUCUCAGUGUUGCCCACCAGGUUGGCGCAUUUAACACGAGAGCUCUGGACUGACUUUGAUCAGCAGUGAGCAGCUGUCUGCUAUGGAAUCUGGUCGAACAAGCAGAGACCGAGAGAAGGAGAAAGGGGAAGAUAUUCGGCGACCUAAUAAGCAGACAUCGCGGAGUCCCCAUGGCACUCGUCCUGGCUCAAACCAGUCAUCUGGGGUUCUUAUGGUUGGACCAAACUUCAGGGUCGGCAAGAAGAUUGGAUGUGGAAACUUUGGGGAGCUUCGAUUAGGUAAAAAUCUCUACACAAAUGAAUACGUAGCAAUCAAACUGGAGCCCAUUAAGUCACGAGCGCCACAACUUCAUUUAGAAUACAGGUUUUACAAGCAACUUGGGAGCUCAGCUGAAGGAGUUCCCCAAGUUUAUUACUUUGGACCAUGUAGUAAAUAUAAUGCCAUGGUGCUGGAGCUGCUGGGACCAAGUCUGGAGGAUCUGUUUGAUCUGUGUGACCGGACGUUCACACUAAAGACAGUGCUAAUGAUUGCCAUUCAGUUGCUGAACCGAAUGGAGUAUGUUCACUCAAAGAGCUUAAUCUACAGAGAUGUCAAGCCGGAAAACUUUCUAAUUGGAAGACAAGGCAAUAAAAAGGAACACAUUAUCCAUAUAAUAGACUUUGGUUUAGCCAAGGAGUAUGUUGAUCCUGAUACCAAAAAGCACAUCCCCUACAGGGAACACAAGAGCUUAACGGGCACUGCAAGAUACAUGUCCAUCAACACUCACCUGGGCAAAGAGCAAAGCCGCAGAGAUGACUUGGAGGCUUUAGGACACAUGUUUAUGUAUUUUCUACGAGGCAGUCUCCCCUGGCAGGGAUUAAAGGCAGAAACAUUAAAGGAACGCUACCAGAAAAUUGGGGAUACAAAACGAAACACUCCGAUUGAAGUUCUCUGUGAGAGCUUUCCAGAGGAGAUGGCAACAUACCUCCGCUACGUCAGGAGGUUAGACUUCUUUGAAAAACCAGACUACCAGUAUUUACGCACACUAUUCACAGAUCUUUUUGAAAGAAAGGGCUACGCUUUUGAUUAUGCAUACGACUGGGUUGGCAGGCAAAUACCCACACCAGUUGGACCCAGUCAUGGGGAUCAUGGACUAAACAGAGAAGGCCACACACACCGAGAAAAAGCCACGCAUCAGCAGCCACUCCGAAACCAGACAGGAGGAGCUGACCGCAGAGGAGCAUGGGAAAUUCAGCCUAAUCGGCAACAAAAUCCUUCAUACCUGACUUCCCAGCUGGCGUCAGACAGACACGGGGGCUCAGUCCAGGUGGUCAGCUCAACUAACGGCGAGCUGAACGUCGAUGACCCAACAGCAGCACACUCCAGUGCACCAAUCGCAGCCCAACCAGAGGUGGAACUUUCAGAAGAUACUAAGUGUUGCUGUUUCUUCAAGAGGAAAAGGAAGAAGAAUGCAGAUAGGCACAAAUGACUGCAGCUUUCGAGGGGCGGCGAGGUUCUGCUUGCAUGUUCAACUCCCUUUGUUUCGGAUGAAAAUGCCACGUGACUGGUUGAGAAGCUUCAGACUCUGAUCCUUGUUUUGUAUGAUGAUUAUUUUUUUGCCUGUGCCUGCGUGUUCUCCGCUGGGAAAGGAUCCUCUUAUUUUCCUUCAAAACACUCAGGCUCAAUUGCACUUCUUACCAUGAUGACCAAAUUCCCACAAGAGAGAUGGCCAGACAAACGCAGAUGCAGAAGUCCUCAGGCUUUUCACUUUUCCUGGCUGCGGUUUGGGGCGGACAGGGGGUGUGGGAGAAGUGUGGUUUGGAGGGUAUGGGGAUUGGGGGGGGUAAGGUGGUGAGGAAACUGGGCGAUCGGCACCUCUUCCACACCACCACAAAUCGAGAUGAACAGUGUGGUGAAACACUCGCUCCGGGUACAAAUAGACUCUUCAGUGCCGAGCUGCCCACCCAGAGGAACGAGAAGUCAGCCAAACUGACAUGGGCAGAUACAGGUGCAUUUGUCGCAAAAAAAAACAAAGUGGUUGUUCUAUUUUGUGAUGUAGCAUAUAAGCUGUGAGAAAUUUUAAAAUCUACUGUUUUUCCCCUCCUCCACUUCCCUCUUCCCCUUCACUGUUCAACCUUUUCUUGACCUUGUUUGCAACUUUUCGGCUUUGGCCGUUGUAAGCCGGCUGAAGUAAUUUUUACGAAAAGAGAUGGGCUCUUUUGCUUUCUUAAGGUGCACUUAAUGUUGGGGUGGGUGCGCGUGUGUGUGGGUGUGGGUGUGGGUGUGCGCGUGUGUGUGUGUGUCUAUGUUGCUGACAUCCAGAUUCGAUCAAACGCAGUGUGAAUUGUGAACACACACUGGCUGCUGCAGUAAUUUCCAAGCCAGUACUGCCACUUUUAAACAUGUUUUUUUUUA